UACAAAGCAAACAAUCAACCAGACGGAGAAAAACAUCUCAGCGUCAGAUUUUGGAAUUGAAGUACCGAAAUUUCGUCUACAAACAAUAUUUUUUUCCCCGUAGGCGUGACGUCACGACUGGCAUUCUUCCCAUCUAAUUUCAACAUCCGCACUGCUUAAUCUGCGUUGUAAAAAGAAAAAAAAGAAAAAAGUUAAAUGAAAAAGGAAAACAGCUGGAAAAGUAGUUUUGAAAAGCAGCCAAGGCCGCCAGUUUACCAUCGUGCUCAUCGAACGCGUUUUAAUAUUCUUCUAAUUGUGUGACAACUCUAGCGUUUAUUCCACAAUAUUAACCAUGUGGAGUAGGACUAAACAAAUAUUCCAGAAGAGGCCAUUGUUGAUGAAUAUGGUCUCUUUCGGAACGAUGUAUGUUGGUGCUGAGGUGACACAGCAGACGAUUCUGACUCGUGUAGACCCAGAAAAGAAAUCAAUAGAUUGGAAAACUGUUGGACGAUAUGCGGUUAUUGGAUUAAUUGGUAUUGGGCCUCCGCUUUUUUAUUGGUAUAGAGUCUUAGAUUCCUGGUUGCCAGCAACAACUGUGUUAAUGUCUUUAAGAAAAGCUGUAACCGAUCAAUGUAUUAGUUCUCCAGCUAGUAUUACUAUAUUUUUCACUGG